AAGGCGACCCGCUGUCUCCUUUUCUUUUUCUCUUGGCUGCUGAGGGUCUCAAUGUGCUAAUGGAGGCUAUGGUUGCGCGUAAUUUGUUUACGGGGUAUAACAUUGGCGAGCAGGGUUUGGUUUCGGUAUCACACCUUCAGUUUGCAGAUGACACUCUUCUACUAGGGGUUAAAAGUUGGGCAAAUGUUCGGGCUUUGCGAGCUGUUCUUGUGCUUUUUGAGACUAUGUCAGGUUUGAAAGUUAAUUUUAAUAAAAGCAUGUUGGUUGGGGUUAAUAUUUCUGAUUCCUGGUUGGGCGAAGCUGCGUCUGUUCUGUGCUGUAAGGUGGGAAAGAUCCCUUUCCUUUAUUUGGGUCUUCCGAUUGGGGGUGAUCCGAGGCGUCUGAGUUUUUGGGAUCCGGUGUUGCAUCGAAUAAAGAAUAGAUUGUCUGGGUGGAAGAGUCGCUUCUUGUCUUUUGGUGGCCGCCUGGUGCUGUUGAGAUCUGUCUUGACCUCUCUACCUGUCUAUGCUCUUUCCUUCUUCAAAGCUCCCUCAGGCCUUUUCUGUAGACAGGUGGCAGUGGCAUCCCGACCCUGACACUGGUUAUACUGUUAGUGGGGCUUACCAGCUCCUGAUAUCUCAUGCUUUGGUCACUAUGGAUGUUGCGGAUAAUCUCAUUUGGCACCCGCAAGUUCCUUUGAAGGUAUCCAUUCUUGCGUGGCGUGUUUUGCGAGACAGGCUGCCCACGAGAGUGAAUCUAGUUACUCGACGGGUUUUAUCUCCUACAGCUCACAUGUGUGUUUUUGGAUGUGGUGAAGCUGAGUCGGCUCAUCAUUUAUUCAUUUCUUGCGGUUUUGUUGGAUCUCUGUGGGAUUUAGUUCGGUCGUGGAUUGGCAUUCCUUUGGUGGAUUUUGGUUCUUUGCGUGAUCACUUUGUUCAGUUCACAUCUUCAGCAGGUGGAUCUCGAGCGCGUCGUUCUUUCCUACAGCUCAUUUGGCUUGCUUGUGUUUGGGUUGUAUGGACGGAGAGAAAUCACCGUUUGUUCAGAGGCUCAGCAGAUACGCCCCAUAUUUUGAUGGACAAGAUCAAGCUGUUUUCAUUUAGGUGGUUGAAGUCGACGAGCAUUACGUUAGCUUUAAACUACCAC